AUUACUUUUACCUGUAUUAAAUUUAACUUAACAUUUUUAAAAUUACUUAAAUUAUCUCAUUUUAAGUAAAAAAAUGAAUCCUUGUAUAGUUCCUGAGGUUCCCAUUGAUGUACAAGGUGACAACAGAUGGAUGAGUCAGCAUGAACGGCAUGUAUCUGAAGCUAAAGAACGUGAACCAGAUGUUAUUAUGAUUGGAGAUUCAAUUAUUCAGAAGCUACAAACAUGCCCUAUAUGGAAUGAUUUAUUUGAACCUUUACAUUGUUUAAAUUUUGGUAUUGGUGGUGAUCUUACCCAGGGUGUAUUAUGGAGAAUCCAGAAUGGUAUUCUUGACAAUAUUAAACCUAAAGUAUGUAUACUUCAUGUUGGUACAAACAACUUUGGCAAUUCUCCUGAAGAAAUAUCUGAAGGAAUUUUAACCAUUAUUAAAGAAAUCAGAUCCAAGCUCCCUGAUUGCUACAUUAUUGUAUUGGAUUUAUUACCUCGUGGUGCUAAGCCUAAUCCAUUACGUGUUCGUAAUUCUAAGGUUAAUGUAAUAGUACAUGAAAAAGUAAAAUCAAUUUCUCGUUUAGAAGUGAUAACUGUCAAUACAGGUUUGUUGCAAUCAGAUGAUACACUCAGUGCUCAAGAUAUGCUUGAUUACUUACAUCCAACUGAUUCAUGUUAUCGUAAAAUAUUUGAACCUGUACAUGAAUUACUUUUACAAAUUCUUGGUGAAGCUAAAGAUAUUGAUAAAGAAUUAAUCAACACUCAGUAAUAAUUAAAUAAGGAUUUUUUUUAUACGCACAAAAGAAUUGCAUUUUAUAUUG